AUGUACAAUACUAACCAGAUGAGGAAGCAGGAGCUGAAGAUGGCAGCAAAAAGCAGCAGUUCUCGAGCUCUUUCAGAAAAACGAAGAAUAAUAUCUGACCCAAAAGCCAAAAUCUGUUCUUCCAAUUUCUUGUUUCUCCAACUCCUCAAGUAUCUUCAAGAACAAAAACAAGUGGUGUAUCCAAAGGUGAAGGUGAGGGAACAAGAAGAAGAUGAUGAUCUACUAACUGUCUAUGAUCACGACAAGGCAACACAUCUCUCAGUUUGGGAAUGUGAAGAUGAUUCACCACCAUCCAUUGUGAGAAUUCCGAAGUCUUAUAUCGCCAAUUCAGCCAUUCCUAUGAUUCCUUUACCCAAAGGAGAAGGCAAGAGCAGCAACAAAAAGAAAGCCAUGGAGGACAGUAGACCAAAUAUUAGAUCGAGUCCAAUCCCACGGCCACGUGCUGUCUUAUCAAGCCCUGUUAACGAUGGGGUGAUUGGAGGCAGAAACAAGGCCAAAAUAGAAGUACUUUCAGGUUUGAAGGAUCAUAAUUUGCGUCAAACCAGACACACCCAAUGCAAGGUUAUACCAAGACGAAGCACUGUUGAAACACCAAUAACCACAAAAAGAGAGUCCAAGGAGGCUGCUGAUGGUAAAACUGAUCUCGAACAGAAAAAAGGAUCAGCCAAAGCCAAUCCAAGACAAAGAGCAGACCUCAGAAAAGGGAAAUUCGACUCUGUUUGAAUCUAAGCGCUCAAUAGUUUGACUUUAGAUUAGUGCUCAACCUUUUUGAGUAAACUCUCACAUACCCAUGAAGUUUAUUUUUCAAAAUGUUUCUCGGAUUGUUAUUCUACAUCACACCAUUCACGACUUUCGUGAACUUCAAGGAAAUGUAGCUUGUUAUAAAGGCCUUCCUCCUAUGAGGAACUAUCGAAUAGGUUUUAAGUAAAUUUGACUGUUUUGACUCCAGUGACAUGUUUAAACAACAUGGUUGUAAGGGAUAAAUGUUUGAGCACUUUAUAAUAUCAGAUAAAUGAAAAUUGAAUUUCAUGAUAAA